AAUCGCUGCCAUCUGUCAUCCACGGUGCACAGAGCCAGUGAGCAGAGAACAGUGAAGAGUGUGUCGAUUGAAGAAAAAUCCAUCCCCGUCCGCAGACGGAACCCAUUCGAAUGGUAUCAUUUCCCGAGGCAGCACACGAUUAAUCACAGAUCAGACAGACAGGGUUAAAAAAAAGUUAACUGCAGAAGGAAGACUGUAAAAUUUUACAAUAGUUGUGCGGUUUUUUUGUGGUGUCGAACAAAACCUAUUUCUUAGUUGAAAGUCUGGACCGGAUCUUCAAUAUUUUGUUUCGCACAAUCGGAACGUAAUUAUAAAAACAACAGCAGAUUUUACAGUUCACCAUUAUUAUGCAACUGCCCAGAAAGAACAAUAAUUAAGUGUUUAUCUGGCGUUCGAGGGAAGAGCCCACAAUAAUUAAGACACCAGAAUUACCGGAGUGGAGAAUCGAUUCUGGUUCGUUGUUGUCCAGUAGUGAGUGUGAUCUGUGGCCGCGAAGAAGAGCUUCACGAUGAAGCAGCCAGCAUCGGUGGAAGCCGCUAGCAAGGCCAACCGACCGAGCCAGCUGCUGACCAACGACGAAAACGAGCAACUGUUCAGCCUGAUUGGAAGACGUUGUCAGACCCAAUGCACCGCCGUGGUGCAGCUGUACAUGACGCAAUCGCCGGCGCACGCUUCCUGGGUCAAGCGGUGGACCGGGGCGCUCUGCUUCAUCAAGGAUAACAUCCGCAAGUCGUACUUCUUCCGGCUGUACUGUCUGAAAACGAACCGCCUGGUGUGGGAGCAGGAGCUGUACGACAAGAUCGAGGUCACCAAACCGAAGCCGUUUUUGAUCGUUUUCGAGGGCCAGGAUGGUAUAGUGGCCUUCAACUUCGCAACGGAAGAAGAGGCGGCGGCUUUCAUGAGUACGACUGCGUCGACGAUUAUCAAUCGGAACCGGCGAAGAGAUGAUCGUCUAAAACGAAACAGCACCCGUAAAGAUCCACCACCGGCCCGACCGCCCCCCGUUUCGAACCAAAACAAUGCCUUCAACGAUAACACCGUGACGCUGCGCCACAAGCCGUCAUUUGCGACUCAACAAGCGAUUCCGAAUGCUGGCUUCCAGCUGCAACAACAACAGCAGCAGCAGCAACACUACCAGAAAGCUAAAAACAAAGGAAAAGCACGCCUACGCAAGGAGGACAUAGGAAUGCCAUCGAACUUCAAGCACCUGACGCACGUCGGCUGGAGCCCAACCAGCGGAUUCGAUCUAAGCGGCGAAGAGGAAACGCUCAAACCCUUCCUUGUGAAGGCAGGCGUGAGGGACCAACAUUUGAAAGAUCGCGAAACUCGUGAGUUUAUCUAUGACUUUAUUCAGAAUCACAAGGUGCUUGAUACGAUGAAGCACGAGCAGAGUGGCAAUCGGAAGCAGAAACCACCGGCACCGCCACCGGUUCCAAUUAGGAACCACCAGGAGCAGCAACAACAGCAAAUCAACGGUAACAAUCAACAGCGAAACCCACCGCCACCGCCUCCCAACAGAACGCUACCGCCGCUCCCGGCUACGACCCCACCAAAGGUAAAUCAAGCGCCUUCCCGACCGCCUCCAAUGCAGCAACAGCUGGUGACUCCACCGGCAGCAGCACCCACUCCGGGACCACCUCCUCCUCCACCACCACCGCCAGUCUCUUCCGGAGCGGUUCCGCCUCCACCGCCACCAAUGAUGGCCCCAUCGUCGCAAAAAUCACCAGCCCCGCCGAUAGUCGCUGAUGACAGUCGGUCGGCACUGUUGGAAAGCAUCCGUAAAGGAGCAACGCUAAAAAAAGUGGACCAAAGUGCGCUGAGCACCGGCAGCGGGGGUGACCCCCGCAGUGGUCUGCUAUCGCAGAUCCGCGACGGUAUCGAGCUGCGACCGGUUGCCGAUCGAGAGCAGAACGCUGCCGUCGAUCGGAGCAGCGGAAGCGGGGGCAGUGGCGACUGUGGCACCGAUGCCCUGGCGGACGCCUUGCGGCGAGCGCUGGCUGAACGAGGCCGUGUCAUUCGGUCUUCGGAUGAGGACGAUAGUGACUCGAAUUCGGCGAACGACGACUGGGAUGAUUAAGAAGAAGGGGGUGAGUUGUUUGUUUUAUUAUUUAUUUUUUUUUUUUUGCAAGUCAAGGGAAAACGCGGUGCCAAAUGUUAUGAGAAAAGGAGGCAGGACUGUGGAACGAAACAGGUUACCGGACAGUAGAAGAUGCAAAUGUUCAGAAGUAUUAGGUUAGGAUCAAAGUUGUACAUUUAAGGGGGCACAGAGAUGCGUUUCUGUGGGAUGUAUUUUCUAGCAAUAAUAGGUCAUUUUCAUUACGAUAUUCACUGUUAUUUUCAACGUUAAUCAACAAAUCUAAAGUUUGCUAUCAUGAUCGCAGAUUUGAAUUGUUUCUGUUUUUAAUUGGGUGUAACCAAGAAGAAGAAAAAACGAAAGCUAGGGUUUCGGCAAACUUACGGUUUUGUUGAUUAGACAAAUCACAACAAUGGAAACCAAGCAAAGCAUGAAAGCAUGCCCAAAACGUGCAGUACGCGUUUACUAGUAAAAAUGGAAAGCGUUUUUUUCUUCUUUCGUUAGCUCUGCCGAAUUAGCCAAAUUGAACGAUUAGGUUUCGCUCUCGUUAAACCUACACCACGUGAGUAGUUUUCGUCAGAUGGGGGAAGCGCGUAGAAAUUGGAAAAAAAAAAACAUAAUUGCACUUCCUUGCAGUAACCUUGCUCUGUUUCCUCUCGUGUAAUGCAAAAAGAAUUACGAGCACCCGGUUAGUAGACUGAUACACGCACGUAGCACAAAACUACUUAGAGCGCAACCCGAUCUAGACUCGAAUUGACAGGGUACAUACAAUAAUCGCCUAAAACUUAACUUCCUUAGCAGUCAUCAUAACAGUAGUCACUGGAUAAAUUUGUUGGUUUAGCUGUGAGUAUAUAUGUUGUAGGUUAUCCAGUAAACAAGUGAGAUAAAAGUAAUCCUAUAGGCAAAGACACAUAUUUAGAAUUGCUCUUAUUCUGUUUUUCCAUUCUAUUAUAUUCUUUUAGUGUUGUGCUACAAUUUUAUCACCUGUUUAUCUGUGACCUUCGUCCUACUUCCAGUAACGAUUAGAAUUGCGAUUAAAACUUUACACCUAGUUAUUCUGUUAUUUCUCA